AUGCAGGCUUCUUUGGAUGCAGAGCCCAUAGUGCGCAUUCGCGACCUCAAGAAAAACUCGGUCAACUUCGUUCUCCAGAAUGUCGACCUCGCGUUCGUGCCCGCUCUCCCCAGCAUGUCCUCGCCGCACCUAAGGCUUACAGUCACGGCUGCACAGAUUCGCCAACUCGUUCAGGAGAGUGAUGAUGGCGGAUAUACCCACUGUCGAGACCCGCGCGUGCUUAUGCAGCAAUGGCGCGUCCCUGCAGCCAUUGACAUGGUCGAAAUCGAGACCAACACGACCGUCCUCCCCGAUGAGUUCAUUGCGCAUCGACUCGGAAUGAUACCUCUCGUUAGCACGAACUGCGACGAGGCCAUGCGGUACACUCGGGACUGCACAUGCGAAGUGCGGUGUCAGUAUUGCGCAAUCGAACUCAUGCUCAACGUCUCCUGCCACGAGGGGGGCCACACAAUGGACAUCACUAGCGACAUGCUCGAGGUCGUGCCUACUUCGCGGCCAGGCUUUGGAGGAUUCGACGCGGACUCUGACGGCAGUGAGGAGCUUGCUAAGCGCGUAGAGUCUUUCGGGCAUCCAAUUGGCCAAGGCGAUCCCUCAACUCCCCCUAUCCUCAUUUGCAAGAUUCGGAAAGGGCAGGAGCUGCGAAUAAGGUGUAUUGCAAAGAAGGGCAUCGCAAAAGAGCACUCAAAAUGGUCUCCGUGCGCCGCCGUCGGGUUCGAGUACGACCCACACAACAAGCUGCGCCACACAUCGUACUGGUUCGAGUACGACGCGCGCUCGGAGUGGCCGCUGAGCAAAAACGCAAAGGACGAGGAGCCCGCACGGGACGACCUUCCAUUCGACUACAACGCGAAACCCGAGAAAUUCUACAUGGACGUCGAGACGGACGGCUCCCUCGGCGCGCAGGAGGUCGUCAUGAAGGGCCUCGCGGAACUCCAGACAAAACUGGCCAACCUAGUCCUGGGCCUCAAGGGCGACCCCCCAGAGGCCGACGGUUUCCAGAACGGCGCCGCGGCGCUCAGCGGACCCGCCAACGGUGCAGAGCCCGCUGCGGCCGCCUGGGGCGCGCCCGGCGGCGGCGGUGGCUGGAGCCCUGCACGCGGAGGAGGUGGCGCGGGUGGGGGCGCGACCAGCUCAUGGGGCGCAGGUGCAGGCGGAGGCUCGACCAGCACCUGGGGCACCAGCCCGUCGCGCGGUGCGGGCGGGGGCGCGACCGGGGCAUGGGGCAACAGCCCUGCUGCUGCGCCAGGGGGCUGGGGAGUGCCGGCUGGAGGCAGCGGAGGUGGUACGGCAGGCGGAUGGGGCAGCCCUGCCGCUGGCGCUGGCUGGGGGAGCCCGUCGCAGACGCAAAACGGGUGGAACGUCUAG